GUGACCUUAAUCUCUCCGGUUCUCGUCUGGUUUUAACCAAAAGCUGUCACAUUCUUUCUUAGCACAUUUCUGGGAUGAGGUUCCUCUUUAUUUUCCCCCUGUUGGGUCUGACCCUGGGACAGGAUCCCACAGCCCUGGUUAACCUGGUGGAUACCUUGAAGACCAGUUCACUGGAGUCUAUACUGGUGGACCUUAUAGAUGCUGCGGGACUGACGGAGGCUCUUUCACAAGGAGGUCCUUUCACUAUAUUUGCUCCUGACAACCACGCAUUCAAUUUACUUGGCAAUGAUACACUGAACAGUUUGAAAGCCGAUCCUGCCAAACUGGCUGACAUUUUGAAAUACCACGUUGUUAGCGGCUUAUACCAUGUUAAGCCUGAUCUGCUCGUAAACGAACUCAUGCUGGACAGUCUAAAGGGAGAUAAGCUCCGAGUCAACUAUUACUAUGCUGCUCGUCACACACUUACAGUCGAAGGAGCCCGUAUUACUUACCCCGACAAGAUGGCUUCCAAUGGUAUCAUCCACCGAAUCGAGAAGGUGCUGAUGCCACCAGUUGGAAACAUCGUUGAGGUUUUGACUCAGGAUGGAUCUUUUAACACUCUUAUUGCUGCUGCCAAGGCAGCUGGUCUCGUUGAGGCUCUAGGUGAUGGACCAAUCACUCUAAUGGCACCAACUGAUGCAGCUUUCAACAGACUUGGCAACGACACAGUGAACAAACUGCUACAAAACCCUAAGCUUUUAGGAGAUGUGUUGAAAUACCACAUUUUACAUGGCACCCUCUACUCCAAGGGAAUGCACUCUGGUAGCUUCCACACCCUGGAAGAGGCUGACAGACUCAGAAUUUAUCAAUCAUUCUUCGGUUCAGUGAUAGUAGGCGGUCACCGUGUCACCAAACCCGACAUGAGUGCAACCAAUGGCGUCGUCCACAAGCUUGACUAUGUUCUCGUCCCUAGUUCACUCAGUACUCAAAUAAAAAAUCUGUAAUUUUUUUUUGUUUUAAUAAAACUUAUGCCUAGGUCACAUUUAAGACGAUGGUCGGGCGACUAAAUUUUUCUGGUCUUGUCGGCUGAAAGAACAUGAUCGGCCGACACAGUAUCGGGCGACACGGAGCAGUCACAUUAUUUCCUAGGGACACCGAUGACUUGGAUAAAUAACACAAACAAUCUUUUU